CAGGUGUCGUUGACUGUUGAGGACAUGAUUCACAGUCGAGUAAAGCAUACGGUUUGUGUUGUUGCAGCCCUGCGGCCUGAUAUGACCCACGUCUGACGCGACGCGCGACGACCGGCGACAGCGACAGCCACCGCGACCGCGACCGCGACUACGAGUGCGAUGUUCGGGGGUGGCGGCGGCGGCGGCGGUGGCGGAGGCGGCGCGUACGGCAGCGCGGGCGGGGAGUGCGGCGAGGGCUACGGGCUGUACGGCGGCGGGCGCCUGCAGCCCUACGCCGCCCCCUUCCCCUCCCACCACACCUGGCACCACCACCACGCUGCCCACCACGACUCCUACGGUACGCUCCCCUCUCCCCGCUCUACGUGCUCCACCCCGCUCGCGGCUCCUGAGUCGACACGACCCGCCGGUGUCGUCUAGUUUCGCUCUUCGCCAGAAUAUAGUUUGUUCUCGACGUUUUACUGUUUAUUUGACAGUAUUAAUCGAAUUUAAAAUCGAUCGCGUCGUAAAUUCUUAUCGGGCGAUCUUUGGCCGGCGAUAAGCUAAUUAAUUCGUUUGUUCUCGACAUACAUAAACAAUGAAACGUAUUAUCAUAAUACUGUCGUCUGGUGGAGCA